AUGGAUUUCAUUCAAGUGUUUGAUUCGGAGGACGACUUGUGUAGUGCUGAUGAAUUUAGCUGGGAUGCAGAUAGUGAUUGUUUCGAGGAGAACGAAUGCAACAGUAGCGAUUUUAACGCGCUUCGUGCCCACUGCUUAUCGCGAGGCAAGUUGUACGAGGACCCCAAUUUUCCGGCCAACAACUUCUCGAUCUACCGGUCAAUGCCGCCAAGCGAAGAUCAACAAGUGAUUGAAUGGAAACGUCCAGGAGAGAUCGUCGACGAACCGAAAUUUGUGACCGAGGGAUAUUCUCGAUUUGACGUGCAGCAAGGAUCUUUGGGAAAUUGCUGGUUUCUCGCAUCCUGCGCCAGCCUUACUUCCCAUCCGCGGCUGUUUGAUCGUGUUGUGCCAGCAGACAAUGGCCAGUUCGAAGAUGAUACGUAUGCUGGAUUAUUUCGAUUCCGCUUUUGGAUGUACGGUCGAUGGGAGGAGAUCGUGAUCGAUGAUCGUCUGCCUGUCAGUGAGGAUAACAAGCUACUCUUCAUGAGCUCCUCGGUAGAGAACGAAUUCUGGGGUGCGUUGUUGGAGAAGGCGUACGCAAAGCUCCAAGGUUCGUACGAAGCCCUCGAUGGUGGCACUGGGCGUGAGGGCAUGGUUGAUCUGUCGGGCGGUAUCACAGAACACUACCCGUUGAAGGGCGAUGAGCCAGCGGACAUGUUCGAGAUACUAGAACGAAGUUUGGCCCGUAAAUCGUUGGUCACCACCGGGAUCAACCAGGACACCCAGGAUCGACUGAAGUCCGUCAACUUGGUAUCCUCCCACGAGUACUCCGUGACGAAGGUGUCUCGCCUGGAUGCACAGCUGCAUAUGCUGGACCUUGGAAACGGUCUCGCGGUCGAUGUGAAGCUUAUCUGCUUGCGAAACCCCUGGGGUCAGAGAGAAUGGACCGGUGCUUGGAGUGAUAACUCCCUCGAGUGGAUACUGGUAAACGAUGAGAAGAUGAGUGAGCUGAACAUUGUCAGGCAGGAUGGCGAGUUUUGGAUGAGUUUCGAGGAUUUCGUGACGUAUUUCGACGACAUCAGUAUAUGCCACCAGUGCCCCAAGGAUUUAGAUAGCUUUCAAAACACACACUUCCCCUGGGAGAUGCUAUGCCACACGGGAGAGUGGAAGCGAGGAUCAACUGCAGGAGGAUCAGACGCAAAGAGCUUUUGGAAGAAUCCACAAUAUUUCAUUGAACUGCUCGCGAACAACUCCCACACGGAAGAGCACGCAAGCGAACCAAGCAUUAGCGUAACUGUAGGGCUAAUGCAGAAGCAUCACCGUGCGGCGGGAACGGAUCAUUUGCCUAUGAGGAUCCAUGUAUUUCCGAUUCCUGACCAUGUGCUCGUUGGUCAACGGCCCCUGCCCAAGCGGUUCUUUGAUAAUGUUGAACCAGUUAAUGGCGAAGCUGACUUCGAAACAUCCCGCGAAGUUGUUUCGCGUUAUUCGCUGCCCGUCGGAAGAUAUGUAGUGGUCCCACAUACCUGGAAGCCUCGGCAAGAGGCUGAAUUUUUUUUACGGAUUUUUGCCGAAGGACCUCUUACCAGUGUUCGCUACAGCGAUGAUGAGGAUUGA